CUAGCAGAUGGAACGGUCCUCCACACAGCAGGGAAGGGGCGUCGUCCAAGAAAGACAUCUGCCAGUUACAACCUGACAAACCUUUUUGUGGGCUCAGAGGGAACUUUGGGUAUUAUUACCAAAGCCACGCUUCGGUUGUACGGUAUUCCUGAAAGUAUGGUGUCAGCUGUCUGCUCCUUUCCAUCCGUCCAAUCAGCGGUGGACAGCACCGUUCAGAUCCUGCAAGCUGGAGUGGCCAUCGCCCUCAUUGAGUUCUUGGAUGACGUAAUGAUAAACGCAUGCAGUCGCUUCAACAACCUGUCCUAUGAGGUCACUCCCACCCUCUUUUUGGAGUUCCACGGGAGCUCCAAAAGCAUGCAGGAGCAGGUGUCCAUCACAGAGGAGAUCACGCGGGACAACGGAGGCUCAGACUUUGCCUGGGCAGAAGAUGAGGAGACCCGUGGCCGGCUGUGGAAAGCCUGUCAUGAUGCGUGGUACGCUGCUCUGGCCCUGAGGCCUGAAUGUAAGGUGGGAACAUUCACUGCAAGAUGA